AUGUCUGUUGUCGUUCCUCAUGAGAAUCUCGCAGAAGAUUUUGAUGAUGAAUUAGAAGACAGAGAUCAGUAUUUUGUGCAGAAACUUGUUGAGGAGUUCGAAGACGAGCCAUCGAUUCUUCACAACGAAUAUCCAGAGACUGAGAGUGAUAGUGAAGAAGAAGCAGAGGAAGGCGAACCUCUUGUAGGAAGACAGCGAACCCCUCAUAUCAGGCGUGGUGAUGGACCUGAUGGCCAUUUGUACAAAGACCAGACCUUCUUCAAUGGAGUUGCUUUCAAAGAAGCUGUUCUUGACUAUGCACUAAAAAGCAAACGAAAUCUGAAGCAAUACAGGUAUGAUAAAGAUAAGAUAGGGUUUGAAUGUGUUGGUGGUGGUAGUAAAGUUAAUGGUGAAGACUGUAAGUGGCAAGUAUAUGCUUCAACACUUCCAAGUGAUCCCAUGUGGAGAGUUAGGAAGUUCAUAGAUACACAUACAUGUGUUCCUAAUGGGAAGUGUGAGAUGAUUAAGGUUCCUGUGAUUGCUAGGCUAUUUUUAGAUAAAAUCCGAGAGGAACCAAGUUACUACAUGCCAAUGAAGAUUGAAGAACAGAUUCAAAAAUGGGGUAUAAUUGUAUCUAGGCCUCAAUGUCAAGCAGCUAGGAAUAAUGCAUUGAAGUGGAUUGAUUGGGAAUAUGAUCAGCAGUUUUCCCGUCUCCGAGAUUAUGCUGCUGAGUUGCUAGAGUCAAACAAAGAUUCGACUGUGGAGGUUGACUGUUUGACAAAUGCGGAAGGUCAAGAUGUGUUUAAUAGGUUUUAUGUAUGCUUUGAUGUCAUCAGAAGAACCUGGAAAAAUACUUGUAGGCCAUUGCUAGGUCUUGAUGGCACCUUCUUCUCAGGGAAAAUUAAAGGAACUGUAUUGGUGGCUAUGGGUAGAGAUGCAGAUAAUCGGAUAUACCCUGUAGCUUGGGGUGUAGUUUCAGUGGAAAAUUUUGACAAUUGGCAAUGGUUUCUGAGGAAGUUGAAGAUCGAUUUGCAACUUAAUGAUGGUGAUCAAUACAUCAUUGUUUCUGAUCGACAAAAGGGAUUGAUCAAAGCGGUUCAAGUAGAGUUACCAAAAACUGAGCAUAGAAUGUGUGUCAGACACAUCUAUGGGAACUUGAAGAAAAAGCAUCCAAGCAAAAAACACAUGAAGCCUUACAUAUGGAAUUUGGCAUGGAGCUACAAUGAACCAGAGUUUCUGGAAAACUUGGACAGGCUAUUCAAUUACGACAGUGGUGUGUACAAUGAUGUGAUGAAGCAAAAUCCCAGGAGUUGGUGCAGAGCUUUCUACAAGAAAGGUAACUAUUGUGAAGACGUGGAAAACAACUCAACAGAGUCGUUUAACAAGACAAUAAAACAGGCUAGAGGGAAGGCAUUUGUUCCAAUGCUAGAGACCAUAAGAAGAUUGGCUAUGGCACGUAUUGCCAAGAGAUCGGCCAAAUCUCAUGGUCACAAUGGGAUUUGUACACCAUAUGUUGCUAAGUUUCUUGAAAAAGAGCACGAAGAAGCUUCUAAAUGUAUUGUCACUGCAGCCACUAAUGGGUACUAUGAAGCAAAGCUAGAUGGUUGUCCUUACCGUGUAAACUUGGAUCGGAGAACUUGCAGCUGCCAUAAGUUUGAAAUUUGCGGAAUUCCUUGCAAGCAUGCAUAUGGAGUGAUAAUGGUGAAAGUGAAGGUACCUGAGGAUUAUGUUUGUCACUGGUUCCGCACAGCGACGUGGAAGAGAAACUAUGAAGAAGGGCCUAUUCCAGUGAGAGGUAUAAAGUUUUGGCCAACAACAGGUGCUCCAAAGGUCCAUCCUCCUCCUGUACCUGAUAAAUCGGAGGAUAAAUCAAAGGAUCCAUCGGUGGAUCAGUUGGUGGAUCAAUCCAAGAGUAAAAAGACAACCAAAGCCGACCACAAAAGAAAAAGAGGAGUUAAUGAGUCUCCAACCAAGAAGGCACCAAAGCUUAAAAAGAGGAUAAUGCAUUGUGGAGUUUGUGGAGAUGCAAACCAUAACUCAAGGAAACACAAGAAUGAUUCUAACAAGGGUCAAGGAGAAGCCUCUCAAGCGAAUCUCACUCAAGCUGAAUCCUCUCAAGGGACUCUCACUCAAGCUCCAUCUUCUCAAGCAACAUAG